AUGACGUAGUAAUCGUCUGCCUAGGAGUAGGGAAGGUGCCAAGUUUCAAAAAGAUAAAUAAUGCCAGCUCCACCAAUAAAGAAAAGACAUGGUAAAGAUCGGAAUGACGACAAGAAAGAAACAGCCGCCAGACCGCUUAGUGCAUUUAUGUUGUUUGCAAAUGAUGUGAGACCUCGCUUGGAAAUGGAAAACCCGAGCAUUAAGGCUGUGGAUCUGAGUUCGAAAUUGGCAGAAUCUUGGCACGAUCUUCCUGAAGAUGAGAAAUUGAUAUACCAUCGUCGUUCUCUGGAGCUGUAUACACGACAGGAUUCUGAUAAGAAAACACGACAGAAAGAGGAACAAAAGCGAAAAGCCCCAGAUAGACCAGAGCAUUGUAUAAUAGUACCAAACGGAGAAAUGAAAUUAAUAGACUCUCCCUUCAUCCAGAAGUCAAAGCGGAGAAGAUAUGAACUUCCUUAUAAAUUACCUCAAACCUCAGAGUAUCAGCCACGUCCCCGACCUCCGAGACCUCCACCAAUAAAGAGACCCCCGCCACCCCGGCCUCUCAUUCGUACCUACCCCACAUACAAGGAGCGGAUCCAGAUGAUGGAGCGUGGACUGUAUCAUAAGCAGGCUCCACCACACAUUGGUGUUUUCAAACGCAGCGAGGACAACCCAGAUCUUCUUAUUGUAGACGAGUCAGGACAAACCACGAUAACUUUCCCAAACAUCGAGAGACACAAUGGUUAUGGUAAAAGUUACAGCAUUGGACCAUGUGUUUCUGGACUUAACGGGAACGGUUAUUACCAUCCCAGAAUCCUUGGGAAUGGACAUCACUAUGCCCAAUUUCAAUUUGCAUCGCCUUCGGUGAACUUAUUACCACGAAUGUAUCCUCAGCAGUUCCAGAGACUGCAGUACCCCUAUGUCCACGGUUCCUACCUACAGGCGGCUCCCCAGCUGUACCAGCAGACCAUUCCAAAUCAAACAUCCGUCUACUCAGAAAUAAAGUGUUCCCCUGUAACAACAGGCUCCAUUACUGUCCGCUACGAGCCGGUUACAACAGAGUCGUUCGAGAACUUUGAGAUGUCGGAUGAUGAAUAUCUCGAACACGACCCUUUCCUGAACAUAAAUUUGAACGAAGAUGAAAUUCAGAUAGAUGGAGACGAGGUGGAGUUUGAUAUGAUGGGUUUGGAUUCUGACCCGGAUGUCAAGGAAGAAGAGGAAGAUGCCUGUGAUGAUCUGGACGACAUCAAUCCCACCAUUGCUCCCUUUGAAGAAGGAAUCGACCAGUAUCUCUCUGUAGAUGGACAACCUUAUGUUAUGAUACCGGUAGAUAUGGAUGUUGCCAAAAAGUUGGGAUGGCCAAUUCAUAUGCUGCCUUCCAUGCCGAAAUGGUUGUCCAAAAUGACAGAUAAUGAAGUGACAUCUUCCGAUGUAUCAAGCACGGCGCCUUUGGAAUACCCAGAGUCUGUUUCGAGCAUUCAACAAAGUGGCGUAUUUAAUGAAUUCGAUUUGGAAAAAGAGACAGAGAUUGCCAUAGAGACAAUAAAAAUUGAAAUGCCAGAUAUGGAAAUCGUAAAAGAGACACCAGAAGUGAUGGAUUAUUCUGAAUCUACCUCCGGUCCGACCACUUCUCAAGAGGAAACGGAUUCCAGAAAGGAGGAUGUAGGAAACGAAAUGGAAACCAAAUUCACGAAUAAUCCGCCAGUCUACACCGAAGACAAAAUGCCCACUGCCACCGGAGAAAUUAUGGACUAUUGUGGGGACAAGAAAUUUGAUUUCUUGGAAACAAUUCCAGAUGAGAGAGGCGAUCAGGGAGGGUUUCAUUUCUGUAGUACCCCAAACCAAAGUCCUCUUCGGAAAGACUUUAAGUUGGAGACACUGAGCGAACCAUCUGAUGAAAAAUUGCAUGCAAAUAUUUGUCAGUCCCCAAAAUACUCUCCUAUCAAAUCUGUAAGUCAAGAGGACAAUCUCAAGCGUGAGAAAGACGAAGCCGAACAUUUCAAGGAAGUUAUUCGACAAGAGAAGAAUUUCAGUCAAAACAGUUCUAGCAGUGUUUCUAAUUGCAUCACAACAAAAAAGCAGUCUAUUAUUCUUGAAAGUCUUCUAGAAAAUUCUGACUCAGAAAUGGAUGACGUUAAUGGUACAUCAAAGGAUGGACCUGGAAAAGAAGGUAAAAUUGGACAUCUAAAAUACGGUGUCGAGAAAGAUAUUACUGUAGGAGGCUACAUGGAAAAACAGAAAUGAUCUGUGUAGUACGUUUUUGAAGUGUGAAAACUUUCGACUGUGAUAGAUAAUUUUGGAAAAAAAGACAAAACAAAUUCAAUGAUCAUUUUGUUUUAUAAUCAAGAUUUAUUGAUAAAAAUCAAUUAAUUCAUUAAUUUGAUACAAAUACAGAUUAUCUCUGAGA